CUCACUACAACAGCCCCUCUGUCUCUUGGCUUCCUCCAGCCCCUUAAGUGCGCUGUUCAUGCUGCCCAGCAAGGGAAUGCGCCGGCUCGCCAUGGGGAGCCUGGGACUCAGACCCAUGCUGUGGCUGCCUCAAGUUAUGCUGCUGUUGCUGCUGUGCGUCCCGCAGAGCUGGGGAUUUCCAGGAUCUGGAGACUCACCUCUAGAAGACGAUGGAGUCUGGCAUUCACACUCUCUCUAUCAAGACACUCCAUGGUGCUCCCCCAUCAAGGUGAAGUAUGGGGAUGUUUACUGCAGGGCCCCUCCAGGUGGAUACUACAAAACGUCCAUGGGGACCAGGUGUGACAUUCGCUGCAGGAAGGGCUACGAGCUUCAUGGCUCUUCCCAGCUCAUCUGCCAGUCAAACAAACGCUGGUCGGAUAAGGUCAUCUGUAAACAAAAGCGAUGUCCUACCCUUGCCAUGCCAGCGAACGGAGGGUUUAAGUGUGUUGAUGGUGCCUACUUUAACUCUCGCUGUGAGUACUAUUGCUCACCAGGGUACACACUGAAAGGAGAGCGGGCAGUCACAUGUAUGGACAACAAGGCCUGGAGUGGUCGACCAGCCACCUGUGUGGAUAUGGAACCUCCUAGAAUCAAGUGCCCAAGUGUGAAAGAACGUGUUGCUGAACCCAAUAAGCUGACAGUCCGGGUGACCUGGGAAACUCCAGAGGGAAGAGACACCGCAGAUGGUAUUCUUACUGAUGUUAUCCUAAAAGGCCUCCCUCCAGGUUCCACUUUUCCAGAAGGAGACCACAAGAUUGAGUACACAGUCUAUGAUAGAGCUGAGAACAAGGGCACUUGCAAGUUUCGAGUUAAAGUAAGAGUUAGGCGCUGUGGCAAACUCAAUGCUCCAGAGAAUGGGUAUAUGAAGUGUUCCAGUGAUGGUGACAAUUAUGGGGCCACCUGUGAGUUCUCCUGCAUUGGUGGCUAUGAGCUUCAAGGAAGUCCUGCUCGAGUAUGUCAGUCUAAUCUGGCGUGGUCUGGCACGGAGCCCACCUGUGCAGGAAACAUUCUGGAAACCAGAUCUCAGGGCUAG